AUGUUUACAAGACGGUUUAGCACAUCCUUGUGUCGACAAGCAAAAACAGUUUCUCGGAAUUUACCCACAGAAAAGAAAUCUCCCAAGCCAUGGGAAGUCAAGAAUAUUUCUAAAGACGAAUUUUUCGGCCGCAAGUAUGGCUCGAUAUCUGCAGAACAACGUCAGAAACUUAACGACAAAGUUGCUCGGCAAAGACGAGCCAGAGCCGAGCGGAAAGAAGCCGAGUACUCCAGUCAAAGGGAGUCGUCUCGCGAAACCACUUCUUAUAGACCUACAGGAAUGAGCCGUAAUCCAGUGUACGAGUACAUUUAUGGUACCCAUCCUGUUCUAGCAGCGCUUACUGGGGGUAAAAGAGAUUCUUUCAAUAGGCUAUUUGUCUUCAAUCCGAAGGAGGGAACCUCGCAAAUUCUUUCACAGGCAAAAAAACUCGGAAUUUCUAUUGUCACCAAACAGAGCAAAGGUGAUAUGAACAUUCUUGCUGACAACGGGGUCCACAAUGGAGUAGUUUUGGAGACCAAACCAUUGGAAAUACCGUUUAUUCAUGAAUUGGGGGUAUGUGACCCAGAAGCUGAAGAAUACGAUGUUUCAAUUACGAAUGAAAUACUUAAUUCUCAAACUCCUUAUACCCACAAGUGUCAACGUGAAGCUGCUUAUCCUCUUGGGAUUUACUUGGAUGGCAUCACCGACCCCCAGAAUUUGGGUGCAAUUGUGAGAACAGCAUACUACAUGGGAGUUGACUUUAUUGUGGUUCCAGAACAUGACACUGCUCGUUUAGGACCAGUGGCUGCGAAAGCAGCAGCAGGGUCUCUCGAUUUGAUGAACAUUUUCCAAACAUCUGAUAGUCUUGGGUUUGUGGAAAGAGUGAGAAGAAACGGCUGGAACGUAAUUAGUACCAGCUCUCAAACCUCGGAAUCUUUGCAACAAGAUCAAAAACUGAAACACCAAAAAGUGCAGCAACAACUCGGCACCAAAUUCAUCGACCCAUCAGAGUUAUCUACUAUUGCCAACGAGUCACCAGUUCUACUUGUGAUGGGCUCAGAAGGUGCUGGUGUAAGAACUCAUCUCCAGCUUCGUUCUGAUUAUUUGGUUGGUUUGAGUAAAGGAAGAGAAGACGAAGGUAUAGUUGACUCGCUCAAUGUCAGUGUUGCUUGUGCAUUAAUGGUAGCCAAGUGUACAGAAAAGGUGUGA